UUAUGUGUGUUUAUAGAGGGGGGGAAGCAGGCAGGUAUUCACAGGUCUCGGCUUUCUUCCUCUUCCCUCCUUCCUUUUGUUACAGAUUCCCCCACUGAAAGAGGAACUUUUUCACAGGACCUUUAACAUACACACCAGCACCUGGAAGUUUCAACUCCACGGCGUACAUUUUUAGGACACCAGGGUUAAAAUCUUUGCUUCUUGUUUUGUUCCUUCCUUCCCUCCACUCCCUCUUCUACAAUGGACACCCCUGUUCCUAAUCUCCAACCACGAGGCAUCGACCUCAGCCUGCCGACCUGUGAGGAGACUCAGUGCAACAGCCACGGUGACUGCGUUCCUCCUCCGGGUGGCGGCACCGAUCUGGUGUGCGACUGUCAUCUGGGCUACCGGGGCGAAUUCUGCGAAGACACCGUCAACGGGGCACUGAGUCUGCCGCUGACCCUGAGCGUGAUCGCCGUCAUCAUCGGGCUGCUGAUCCUGGCCUUCAUCCUCGCCAAGAUGAGGCAGAGACAGAAGAAAAAUAGAAGGAGACAUCUGGCAGCAAAACAUGGCUACAACAUCGCUGUCUGAUGGGCACAAAUCUCAACUAUAUCUGAGGUCAACCAUGAUGUUGUGAACAAUGAUACCAUUGAGCUUCCAUCUGCGUUCCUCUCCAGUGUUUAACAGCACCAUUUAAGUGUGAAUCUUGCAAAAAGAGAAGCAGAUCUCCUUCUCUACCUUGAUGGCUGACUUGUGACUUCUACUGAGUGGCUUCCUGUUUGCUGCAGCAUCCCAGAGACUCAAACACUGACCUGACGAACCGAUGCGAUUCGAACAUCGGGUCAGUUUGUUGCUUUCAGACUCUGAACUGCUCUCAACUCUCAACUCCUAAAAGUUUAACAACUACUGUAAGAGACAGACUGUUUAGCAGUGACACAAAUUCACUGUUUUUAUACAUCAUCCAAUGAUAAUAAGAUAUAACACUAAAUUAUAUCCUCAUGCACAGGUUUAAUAUGAGCAGAUGGCAUGAAUGUAACAUGUCAGCAUCUGUACAUCCCUCCAGAGCUCUCAGGCAGUUCACUUAACCAGGCAGUAGUGAGUGGUUUACAGGUUUACAUGCAUCUGGAUGUCACUGCCACUUCAUAAAGCUGGAUUUUGGAUAUUCAGUUUUUAGACCACGAGAGCCUUUAAGCAGAUGUCAGUAUAUUGUUUGUGCUACUAGCAACACACAGCAUGAAAUUAGGAAAAAAUCUUUAGUUUUUCCUGUAUUUAGUCAUUUGUACAGAUGUUUCCAUUGACUGUCCGCUCACUGACUGAAUUCUUCUCUGAAACAGACUUUUAUAGAUUAAAUGACUGUGUUGUUUGCAGUUUGAAUUUGCAGAAACAAACGUCAGGAUCUGUCCAUACUUCAUUCAGAAUUUGCUGCUUUGAUCACAUUUCUUGUUUCCACAGAAACUGAUAAUUUCCUCUAACACUGGCUGCAUUUUAGUAAAAUAGUCUUCACUGUGAUGGAGCAGCAACUUCCCUUCUUCCAUGUUUUAAUACUUAACAGGAGUAAGUUUAUACGGCUGUUGAAAACUAUAAGUAGACGGACUUUAGAUGUUUCCAUGGCAAUUGAUUUUUAUAAGUAAGCCAGAAUGUUUUAACUGAUUUAAUUUUGUGCUUUUUUUUUAAUGAUGACUUAAUUCAAUAUAUAUAUGCACUUUACGAGAAGGAUGUGGUUUUAUUCCACAGGUGUAGUUAUGUAGUUGCUGAUUUUUCAUAUUAUUGCUUUUAGGCCCUUGUGAGACUCUGGGUUUGUUUAGGAAGCAUUUCUUCUUCUCCUCUUUCAAACUGAUCCUGUCUUUAAUUUUCUUACCUGAAAAGCACCUGUACAUCACUGCCUUCCUUUAGCUCUGAUGAAAACAGAUUACUGCCAUUCAAAAGUUUGGGGUCACCCAGACAAUUCCACGUUUUCCAUGAAAACUCCCACUUUUAUCCAUGUGCUAACAUAACUGCACAAGGGUUUUCUAAUCAUCAAUGAGCCUUUCAACACCAUUAGCUAACACAAUGUAGCAUUAGAACACAGGAGUGAUGGUUGCUGGAAAUGUUCCUCUGUACCCCUAUGGAGAUAUUCCAUUAAAAAUCAGCCGUUUCCAGCUAGAAUAGUCAUUUACCACAUUAACAAUGUCUACACUGGAUUCAUUUAAUGUUAUCUUCAUUGAAAAAAAACUGCUUUUCUUUCAAAUUUAAGGACUUUUCUAAGUGACCCUGAACUUUUGAACAGUCUAAAUUGGCACAAUUCUGUCCAGUUUUCAAACAUUCUGUAUCGACGCUAUGAGUGGUGGAAGCAGAUUUUAAGCUGAGCUUCUGAAACAUCCCUCAUGCAGUCUGAAUUUCGGCUUGCAGAAUGAUUAUUAUUCAUGCAUUUAUAUCUGAUAAACCUCUGUAACUGUGUAGAUGUCUCAGAAUCAAAGCUACAUGUCACUAAUCUACAGGCUACUCUGUGUGUUAGCCAGUGUUCGGUGCUUUUCUCUGCUCUUUUGUCUAUUUCUUCUCUACUCUGCUGACUGAAUCACUGCUAACAUGCCUGCUGAAAACCACAAACAUCGACACUUUUUGUUUUUGUGUUGCUGUUUUACACGGCUGUUCAUGUAACUACACUACAUUAACACGCUGAUGUGUACUUUUGGAAGCUGAGCGGUAGAAAAUGAUGAGUGUCGGACAAAUGAGCGACUGUGUGCGGUUGUGCGUGUGAACGGAUUGCGGGAUAAUUUGUCGCUCUGCUCAGAAGUGAUUAGUCAGGAUGACAAAACACCAAAGACAAAACUCCAUUAAUGAGUUCUAAGAAGGCAUUCCUUUAAAAAGCUGUCAGUGGAUCAACAAAGUGUGGACUUGGCUGUUAAUUUUCAGCUCUGCUACACACAAUAUUCAGUGUGUUUGGUGCUGAAAAAUGAAGUGCAGGUAGAAUAAAGUAACAAGACAAAGAAAGUAAAGGAGUUUUUCUGCAGAGAAUGAGAUUCUGUCUGUCUGCCAACUGAAACCAAAACAUGUUUUCCUGCUUUGCUUCAUUUGAAAAUUCCUCUCGGGUUAGGAAUGUUUGAGUGUAAGCCAGACUGUUUUAAUUGUGCUUUACCAGGAUUUUUCUCUAUAAUUACAACGUGGAGGUUAUUCUUUUGUUUCGGUUGAGGAUCUUUGACCUCGUUUCUCCUGCUGUAUUUUCUAAUGUCUGUUUAUUUCACUGACAUGUAGACUUUUUAAUCAUAUAGACAGAAGAUAAUAAUGCCUCACUGUACUUUACAUGCACACUGUUUACACCGAGCAACUGUAUUUAAUUCAGUUUUUUAAAUAUACUAUUAUCACUUUUCUGUAGUUUUCAAAUAAAAUGUACAAAAACCCAAA